UCGAGAGUGAGUUUUGGUCAUGGAUGGGUGAAGUGAGCUGUUCCCGGGUUUCAGGGAGGCGGCGUCGUUGAUUCCGGGCGAAGGGACGAAGGAAUAGGCUCCGCCGGAGCAGACGGCGAGAUGCUAUGGGCCCGGGACUGACGGUCUCCGUCACAGCUUGCUCCGACUCCUGGUGAUGUUAUAGUUGGGCCUCGUCUUCUCCGCCUUUCCCGGCCCCUGCUUUGCAGUUCCCGCAGACGUUUGAAGAUCAGGGAGGGUUUUGCUGUUGGCUUUUAGGACUGACAAAGGGUCAAGCCUGCUGUCAUUUCUGCACAGGAUCGUGGUCAUGAGAACCUUGGCAAAUGAAAGGUGGCAUAAAUAGUUGAAUAACCGCUAACUAUUUUCUGGACUGACUGAUUUAUAACUUCUGAAGAAAUGAUGGAAAGCCAAGAGUUUAUCGUGCUAUAUACUCAUCAAAAGAUGAAGAAAUCAAAAGUGUGGCAAGAUGGAAUUCUGAAGAUCCCUCACAUAGGAAACAAAGCAAUUUUAUAUGAUGACAAAGGAGAAUGUUUGGAGAGUUUAUUUCUCAAAUGCCUUAAGGUGAAACCUGGAGAUGACUUAGAAAGUGAUCGAUACUUAAUCACAGUCGAGGAGGUUCAAGUUGCCGGAAGCAUAGCUCUUCCACAGGAUGUUGUUAAAGAAGCACCAGACUCAAAUUCAAGGUGUCUUCCCUCUGGCCGCACCCUUGGAUGUCGGCCUGCAGGCUUGAAAAGGAAGUUUGCUGGUGUCCAAGGACCACAUCAAGUGCCAAAGAAAGUGGUUAUUACGGAGGAUGGUGCAUCAGCUGCGUCGGCUGAGGCUAAGAUGUGCGGCCCUGGUUUUCUUUCUCCCUUCUAUAGCACCCCUCCUCUGUUUUCUGCUGGCAGCGUGCCGACAGACCGCGAGAACACUGACACCUGCAGAAGUGGCGCCAGUAGCGGCCGACCUUCCUCCGCAGCGGCCUCUGCUCCGUCUGGAAGGACGUGCCCAGAAACACUGUGUGAAGAAAACCACUUUUGCUCUCCUGUCAGUUCUGUAAAUAAGCAUUCAGAUUCUUUACUGACCAAUGAGCCCACGAAAAGAGCUAGUUUGGCGUCUCCCUGUUUGGGACUCUCCCAGAGCACCAGAAGCAAAGCACAGAUAGUAGCGCUGUUGAAGUCGUCAGCGGGUGUGUCUGAGCAAGUGAAGCCUGAGGCUACAGAGCGUUUCCCUCAGGGACAAACACAAGGAGGUUUGAAAAUCGCCACGAAGCCAGAGUGCUUCCUCGAGCAGGUAGAGUGUGCGGAGGUGAGAAAAGAAAGUUUACACGACCAGCGUCAGUCAGAAAGUACCGUGAAAAGCGGAAGCCAGUGGGCUGUGCGUUCAUCCUUGCAGAGCUCACCUGUCCACUCUCCUGCAGGUGGAAAUAAUCCAGAAAGGAAACCCACGGCCCCUGGAGAUAGAAUGAAUUUACAUUUGGAAGAACUUUUGGUACAAAAAGAGAUCCAGUUCUUUGAAACAUGUGCUGAAAAUGCAGAAAUGUCUAAUGAAGACAAGCUAGUAGAUAAUAAUUACCAAUCCUGGGGUCAGAAAGGAACAUUAGAAAUUACUUCCUUCUGUGAAAGCAACAGCCCACCUGUUGCCCGUGGCAAUGUAGAAAAUGAUGGCUCAUUAUCAGAAUCUGACAUUCAAGAGGAUAUUAAAAUGCCUGUUAAGCAGAAUGACCAGAUGUGCGUGGAAGGAUCGCUUCUCACUAGAGAAGAUGCUCGGGAGGCAAAUCUGUGUGGAAGCCCAGGAAAGGGGUAUAAACAGGCUGUGUCUGGUCUGGCAGGACCUGAACGUCUACAAAGCGUGUCUUUACUACGUGAGCAGUCCAGCAUAUCUGCUGCCAUCACUGACGUGUUUUCUACCAGUGAUGCUGCUGGUGGAAGUCUUCCUACUGUUCACGAACCCGAGAGGCAUGUCACACAACCAGUUUUGGAGGUGACUUUUAACCUGAACAAUUUUGAAACCAGUGACACUGAGGAGGAGUCACAAGAAAGCAAUGCAAUUUCCCAGGAGUCAGGGCGUUGGGGACAGGAAACUUUGGGUAAUGACCGCAGGCCAGGUGUUCAGAGGAGAUGUGAGGACGAGAGCCGUGAAGCCAUCGGCAGUGAGCACUGGCUUCACUUAACAUCCGUUGGGGAUAAACCUGCAGAGACAUUUCCUGUUGAAGAGACUCUGCCAGCCCAGUUUUGUGGUCAGACUCGUGUAGGUCUUGACCCAGGAGUCUGGAAAGCUGGAAACACUGGAGAAGAACCAGAGGAGGAUGGCGGUUCUGACUCAGCUUUAGAGUGGAUUGGGGGUCCGUAUAAUGAAGAUGCUAAUAAAUCUGUCCAAAAAGUCGGAAUGAACUAUGAUUUUGCUUCCCUCCCGAAUCAAUCUAAAGGUAAAACCUCGAAUUUACGUCUUCCUCAGUUUUUAAACAUGGCCCCUAAUCAAGCCCCUGAGAACAGCCGAACUUCAGAGCGGGCCCAGCCUCAGCCCUCUACCAUGGGAAGUAACGCAGCUAAAGAGGAGGAGCAAGCUUUCCCUACAGGCCUUGGCAGUAAUGACAGGGCCCCUCCAUUGAGGGCCACUCACAGUCACUCCGACGCAUAUGCUGCGGCCCUUGAUCAGUCAAGCCCCUCAGUCUCCAGCUCUUUGUGCUGCGCUGGGGGAAGAAGGCAUCCCGUUUUCAGAGACAGACAAGCAUGUAUUUCUGAAUCUGACCACUCUGGACUAGGCACUGCUGGAGAAAGCACACAAUGUAGGCCUGCUGCCAGGAAUUCUUCAGACCUUCCUGGGUCGGGAAAUAACAUUGCCCUUUUAAAGUCAUUGUCUGAACACAGUACGGCUUUGGAAGGCUUGGAAAUACUGAGAAGGAGAAGCACAACCUCUGGGCAGCUAGGAGAUGUGCAGACACACGAGCUGGAGAGCAGCCCUGGAGUUGGGAAACAAUGGAUUUCCGUAGUUCCACGAGCUAGACCAACAUCUCCUCAUCUGAACCAGGAUUCUCAGCAGUAUUCAAGUUCUAUGAUGAUCAAAGAAAAUGAAGUUGAAGCCAGUGAACCACUUCAGUCUUUGCAGUUCUUUUCCUUGGGAAGUGAAGAAGAGACAGCUUUUGCAGCUAUUCUUCCUAAACAAACAGAGAGAAAAGCCUGUGACCCUAAGCCUGUUGAGUUUCAAGGGCACCGAGUGAAAGGAUCAGCGAGCAGCGCCGUGAUGAUCAGAGGACAGAUUCCAGGGGGGGCCGCAUGUGAGAACUGCACGCCUGACAUUUGUUUUUUGGCACCAGAGCGGCCUAGCACUUGUAUGCAGGCUGACUUCUUGCAGUUCACAGAUGAAGAAAACUUUCCAGAAGGAGGUACGAGCUUUAAUAUUGAAGACCAUUUUCAAGUAAUCACUGAGUCUAAUAAGGACUCAACUGAAAAGGAUUUAACAAUUUUAGAUUUUCCUCUGAAAGAUCCACGACAUUCACACCACCAUUUGGAUUACAAUUUCAAGUCGGCAGAGCAGACUUCAUGGGAAGCAAAUAAGGUGACGUCACCAGAACAAAAGAUGUCACCAGUAAGCCCUGUUUCUACUGUUUCUUUGGACUCAAGAGAUGAAGACUUGGUGCUAGAACUCUCUGCGGAUGCCCUGAAAGCAAGGACCUUGCCAGUGAUGACACAAUUCAGUUCUGUGGAGACUAAGAACUUCCAGAGGCUUCCAUCAGUAAGCAGGAUGCGACUCCCACUUAUUACUGGGCCAGCUGACGUGGGUCCUCGUUCACAUACAACUGGCUGUGACAAGUGGGAGGCUUCUGCUGCCCCCACAGUUGUGUGUGAAGGUGCAACGGUACCUUCCUUCAGCUUUGGGCCCGAGGACCAGAGUGAAACCAGAGAAUCCAGGGAGGUGACAUCAGCAGACACUUCACUUCUCGAUCAUGUGUCUUCUCAAAGCAAGUGGCUGAAAUAUCAGAACUUACCCCAGUGCAACUCGACGGCUCCAAGCAGAGCUGAUAGGAAAUUUACAGACGGCUUCCUUGCCGAGGCCACUUCUGGGCCAUGUUCUGGUGACACGGGUGAACGCCACGGCAAUGCUGUGGAGGGAAGCCAGUUAGGUGCCGUCCGUUUGCAGGUGAUCAAAAGCGUGCUCCGUCAACAGCAGCUGCAUUUUAGCGGCCAGGGUCUACUUUGCAGAAAGCAAGCACUGUCUUUGAAUUUAAAGCAGACUUCCAAGCUGGAGGAACUUCCCAACCUGUCCGGGGAGCCUGCCUGCUAUGAGCACAAUGUAACAGGAGGUGCACAGGAGAUAAGUGGCUCUGAGCUGUGCUUCCCAAGUGGGCAGAAGAUAAAAUCCUCUCACCUCCCACAAAGGCACGUACGCAUACCAGCCCAUUUUCAGUCUCCUGCUCAGUACAGGCAGGUCUUUGCAUCGUGUCUCAGAGAACAUCUAAAUAUAUUGCUGUUUGGGCUGGCACAAAGGUUGCACAAAGCUCUUUCGAAAGUUGACAUAUCAUUUUACAUGUCGUCAAAAGGAGAGAAACUGAAAAAUGUAGAAAGUAGUGUGCCAUCCUGCCAUCAUCAUCAGCCUGCAAAGCUUGUCGUGGUUCAGAAGGACGGUCCCAACAAGGGCCGUCUUUUUUAUACCUGUGAUGCACCCAAAGCUGACCAAUGUAAAUUUUUCAAGUGGCUUGAAAAAGAGACCCCAGGAAAUUUAACACAGAAAGAAUCUCCAGCCAGUAUGGUUUUAAGUGACAUAAAGAGUAUCGGCUUGUACUUAAGAAGUCAAACCAUACCCCUCUAUGAGGAAUGCCAGCUGUUGGUGAGGAAAGGAUUUGAUUUUCAGAGAAAACAGUCUGGCAAACUAAAGAGAUUCACAACAGUACAUCCUGGAUUUUACAGUGAGCCUAACAGCAAACUUUAUCUUAAACUGAGUCGAAAGGAAAGUUCUUCAACUUACAGCAAAGAUGACCUUUGGGUGGUCUCUAAAACCCUUGACUUUGAACUGGACACUUUCAUCGCUUGCAGUGCCUUCUUUGGACCGUCAUCUACCAAUGAGCUGGAGAUACUGCCUCUGCGAGGCUACUGCCCCUCUAACUGGCCCACCAACACAGUGGUACAUGCCUUGUUGGUCUGUAAUGCCAGCACAGAGCUGACCACUUUGAAGAACAUUGAGGACCACUUUAAUCCAGCCACCCUGCCUCUCACAUGGCACCUGCUGACACUGUCUUCGUCAGCUACAGUCAGCAACAAGAGAGUCAGUAAGAGAAAGUUUAUCCCACCAGCCUUGUCAACUAUCCACACAAACCUGGAAGUACUCAGCCUAGGAGCGACAUUGCAGAUAGCUCGUGAGUUAAUUCGAGCACACACCCUAAAUUUGGACCAAGCCGCCGCUCUGACCCAGAUUGCCCACAUGAUGGCAUCCCACGACAGUGCCGAAGACAAGAGCGGGCCGCCCACGCGAGUGCCCCCUAUCACAGUCAUCCAGGGUGUUUUUGGAGCAGGAAAGAGUUAUUUGCUGGCGGUGGUGAUUUUGUUUUUUGUGCAGCUGUUUGAAAAGAGUGAAGCUCCUACAGUUGGAAAUUCAAGACCUUGGAAGGUUCUGAUCUCUUCUUCCACUAACGUAGCUGUUGACAGAGUCCUUCUCGGGCUUCUCAGUCUUGGGUUUGAAAAAUUUGUCAGAGUUGGGAGUGUCAGGAAGAUUGCCAAGCCAGUUUUACCUUACAGUCUGCAUGCUGGCUCAGAAAAUGCAAGUGAACAAUUAAAAGAACUACAUGCACUAAUGAAAGAAGACCUGACUCCUAUGGAAAGAGUCUAUGUGAGAAAAAGUAUCGAGCAGCAUAAACUGGGGACCAAUAGGACCCUGCUGAAGCAGGUUCGCGUUGUUGGAGUCACCUGUGCAGCCUGCCCGUUCCCGUGCAUGAACGACCUUAAGUUUCCUGUAGUUGUGCUGGACGAAUGCAGCCAGAUGACGGAACCCACCGCCCUCCUCCCCAUCGCAAGGUUUGAGUGUGAAAAGCUGAUUCUUGUUGGAGACCCCAAACAGCUUCCGCCUACUAUCCAGGCUUCUGAAGCGGCUCAUGAGAACGGACUGGAACAAACGCUGUUUGAUCGACUUUGCUUAAUGGGUCACAAGCCAGUUCUGUUGAGAACUCAGUACCGUUGUCACCCAGCUAUCAGCGCUGUCGCUAAUGAUCUGUUCUACGCCGGAAACCUCAGGAACGGCGUGUCGGAGGCAGAGAGGGGCCCCCUCGUGGCCUGGCUGCCCACGCUGUGCUUCUACCACGUUUCAGGAGCCGAGCAGAUCGAGAGAGGUAGCAGCUUUCAUAAUGCGGCAGAAGCUGCCUUUACACUCAAGCUGAUUCAAUCACUGAUCGCGAGUGGAGUGGCGGGCUCUGUGAUUGGGGUGAUAACAUUAUACAAAGCCCAGAUGUACAAGCUCUGUCACUUGCUCAGCGCAGUGGACUUCGACCAGCCUGAAGUGAGAGCUGUGCAGGUGUCCACAGUAGAUGCUUUCCAAGGGGCGGAAAAGGAGAUCAUCAUUCUGUCCUGUGUGAGGACACGACAAGUAGGGUUCAUCGACUCAGAAAAAAGAAUGAAUGUUGCACUGACCAGAGGAAGGAGGCACUUACUGAUUGUGGGCAAUUUAGCCUGCCUGAGAAAAAACCACCUAUGGGGGCGUGUGAUCCAGCAUUGUGAAGGAAGGGAAGAUGGACUGCAGCAUGCCAGACAGUGUGAAGCACAGCUGGACCACCUCCUUAGGGAUUAUUUUGAAAAACAAGCAGAAGAAAAACAGAAGAAAAAGAGUGAAAAAGACAAAUGUAAAGAUUAAUCUCAUUUACAAAAAGGCAUGGUAUAGAUUUUUUGUAUUUAUAGAAAUUCAGAUUCAUUUUCCAUGAUGUAUUUUUUGUAUUUUUAUUACCCCAAAACCCUCGUUAUUGAAAAAAAUGCUUUAUGAUACUUAAAUAAUAUUAAAUACAUAUUAAAAAUUUGCUCUUCACUGAAGGGUACAUUACUUAAGAUAGGCAGAUGUUGAAGGUACUAUGAAAUUUUACUAAUGAAAAUACUUUUUUUUCUCUAAAAUUUAUGGCUUGUGUUUGCUAAGAAAAUGAAUUUCACAAGGGGCAAGGGGAAAGCCUUCAUGCUUUUCCAGUGUUACCUCAAAAAUCCGUGGAUCUCAAAGCUCAUCUGCCAGAACGUGGUACACAGAUACACCAACACACUCCUUCUGAGCUGCAGCUCCAUCAGAACCUUCUAAAAAUAAAUAUAAUGCCUGGUCAUUUUAUAACUAAAAACCUAUUCACAAUAAAACUUAAGAAGUACAAAAGGGGGGCAGUUGGAUGACUCAGUUGGUUAGAGCACGAGCUCUGAACAACAGAGUUGCCAGUUCGAUUCCCACGUGGGCCAGUGAGCUGCGCCCUCCACAACUAGAUUGAAGACAACAUGCUGCCAGUAAGCUUCCAGAGGGACGGCCAGAUGGCUCAGAUUGAAUGUUUGGGAGUAUCCCAUUCAAUCAACAAAUCUCAUGAUUUUACACUCAAAAGUACGAAGCCAGUUUUACAACUAGAUCCUUCGCAACAAUAGAUGGCAACAAUAUUAAAACUGGUCUUCCAUUUAGUGUUCAGGAAGUGAUAGAAUUAUACAACAGUGUCAUAUAAUUUCUCUAGAUUUUUAUUUACGGAAAAGAUCUAUGCAUCACAUUGCAAUAGAAUGAAAUUUCUAGGCUUUAGUCUGUUCAUCAGUUGCCUUUGCUUUACAGGGUAAGCGUGUUGGGUUUUUUCCAGGAUUCACAAGCAUGACAUUAAUCCCCAGUGAUGAGGACAGGUGCUUUCCCCAUUUUAGAAAUGUUGAAGCCGAGGGCCAGGAAUGGAAGUGAUCCACCGGAACUAGGCGCAGGCAGGGCUAGAACCCAGCCCGCUCCGACUGAUAUGCUUCUGCUGUGCUGCAUACCCGCACGUAAGUUCCUUUCAAUUAUGUCCAGAUCCUGCACAUAAUGCCCAAAUCCUGCACAGAUGCCCAAAUCCUGCAAUCCUGUCUGACCCAACCGACCAGACUCACUUCCCCAUAAUUUGCCUUGUUAUUUAUUCGUAACAAUUUAUUAAUCAUUUAUUAUUUGAGCAGUCUGUAGUUCCCUGGUAAAUACAUUUUACUAGAGAAACAUUUUACUAGAUGACAGGGGUUGUUGUCUUUUCUUUGAAGGUCUGUGUUUGCUACUAGGAGAUCCAGUUUGCUACUUGUUGGAAGAAAAACUGAUAAACAAAAAUGUAUUAAUAGCUAAAAAUAUAUGUUUAUAUUUUAAAAUAAUGUUUCAUGCUCUGCAGCCAACUCUAUCCUUGUGAAUAUACAUUUCAAUAUUUGUGAAAAAUUGCAGUUUAAAAUCUGAGAUUAUGAAGCCCAGCUUGAAACUUCAUAAUAAAAUGUAACUUCUGGUAUUGUUCUUUAAUAGUGGAACAAAAAGAGUGUUCGAUUUGGAGACGCCAAAGCAAACCCCAAAUGCUGCUUGUUUUUGGCAGUUUAAUUUAAAGACAGCUGUGAAAUAGCUAAGUACUAACUCAAUUUUUUUGUAUUGAAUAAGACUUAAGUGGAAAUUGGUGAUUUACUUGACAGAUACUGGACCCUGAAAAUUAAAUAAUUGUUCUAAAAGCAUGAGCUCAACGCUGAUUUGAAAUGCCUGCUUUGUAAUUAGUCAUGAGUGAAAUGUAUGUUUAGUUCAAAUUGUGCUUUUGGUUUAUAUUAGCAUAAGUUGAUUAUAAAGUAAAGGAAA